AUGACGACAAUGGAUUUGCGUGUCGGUAACAAGUACCGCAUUGGACGAAAGAUCGGUAGUGGUAGUUUCGGCGACAUCUACCUGGGAACAAACAUCAUCUCGGGCGAAGAGAUUGCCAUCAAGCUCGAGUCCGUCAAGGCCAAACACCCACAACUCGAAUACGAAGCCCGCGUCUACAAAUCUCUCGCUGGUGGUGUUGGAAUCCCAUUCGUCCGCUGGUUCGGUACCGAAUGUGACUACAAUGCCAUGGUUCUCGACCUGCUCGGACCUAGUUUGGAGGAUCUUUUCAACUUCUGCAACCGCAAGUUCUCUCUCAAGACAGUCCUCUUACUGGCCGAUCAACUCAUCUCUCGAAUCGAGUACAUCCACGCCAAGUCUUUCAUUCAUCGUGACAUCAAGCCCGACAACUUCUUGAUGGGAAUUGGGAAGCGUGGAAACCAGGUCAACGUUAUUGACUUCGGUCUGGCUAAAAAAUACCGCGACCCCAAGACCCAUUUCCAUAUCCCGUACCGUGAGAACAAGAACUUGACUGGUACGGCUCGUUAUGCCUCGAUUAACACUCACUUGGGUGUCGAACAGUCUCGUCGUGAUGAUAUGGAGUCCCUAGGCUAUGUCAUGCUCUACUUCUGCCGUGGCUCUCUUCCAUGGCAAGGCCUCAAAGCCGCCACGAAGAAGCAGAAGUAUGACCGUAUCAUGGAGAAGAAGAUGACCACUCCCACUGAGGUUCUUUGCCGAGGCUUCCCCAACGAGUUCGCUAUCUACCUCAACUACACUCGUUCACUCCGCUUCGACGACAAGCCCGACUAUUCCUACCUCCGAAAGAUCUUCCGUGAUCUCUUUGUUCGAGAAUCCUUCCAAUACGAUUACGUCUUUGACUGGACCGUGUACAAGUACCAGAAGAAUGCCCAGGCCAUUGCUCAGGCCGCCGGAAACCAACCAGCCCAGGAGGAAGAGGAGAAGCCCCGCCGACACACCGGAACCGCAGCUGCUACCGGUGUCCCGACUCCGCAACACACUUCGACCCAAGGCAAGCCAGCAGCGAUUUCCAGCUCCCGCCGCAAGGUCAUCGAGCGCGGUACCAGCGGCAACGACCAAGGAGGAAGUGACAGGAUGUGA